GUCCGUUGGUCACAGACCUGGAGCUUCAGAGCCCAGGCUGAGAGCAGAGGAAGGCACGGCCAGAGCCGGCUACUGGGGGUGCACUGACCACUGCCAUGCCCUCUGCAUCCCCCACGAGGCCCUGGGAUGCCGUGCUCCCCAAUGCCACUGCAGCAGCAUGGACCAAUGGAACUGUGCCAGAGAGGCCUCUGUUCCACCUGUUUGCCCAGCUGGAUGAGGAACUGCACAGAGACUUCCCCAACCUGUGGUUGACACUAAUGGUCGUGCAUGGCACCAUCUUCCUGGCCGGGCUGGUGCUCAAUGGACUAGCAUUGUACGUCUUCUGCUGCCGCACACGGGCCAAGACACCUUCGGUCAUCUAUACCAUCAACCUGGUGGUGACUGACCUGCUGGUGGGCCUGUCCCUGCCCACGCGCUUUGCUGUCUUCUACGGUGCCCAUGGCUGCCUGCGCUGUGCCUUCCCUCAUGUCCUGGGCUACUUCCUCAACAUGCAUUGUUCCAUCCUCUUCCUCACCUGCAUCUGUGUGGACCGCUACCUGGCCAUCGUGCAACCUGAGGGUUCCCGUCGCUGGCGCCAGCCGGCCUGCGCCAAGGCUGUGUGCAUCUUUGUGUGGCUGGCAGCAGGCGUCGUGACCCUGUCCGUACUGGGCGUGAAGGCUGGUGGACGGUCAUGCUGCCGCGUCUUUGCUCUGACCGUUCUGGAGUUCCUGCUGCCGCUGCUGGUCAUCAGCGUGUUCACAGGCCGCAUCAUGUGUGCCCUGUCGCGGCCCGGCCUGCUACGCCAGGGCCGCCAACGCCGCAUGCGGGCCAUGCAGCUGCUGCUCACCGUGCUCGUCAUCUUCCUGGUCUGCUUCACGCCCUUCCAUGCCCGCCAGGUGGCUGUGGCGAUAUGGCCCAAUAUGCCCCACCACGCAACCCUCGUGGCUUACCAUGUGGCCGUGACCCUCAGCAGCCUCAACAGCUGCAUGGACCCCAUUGUCUACUGCUUCAUCACCAGUGGCUUCCAGGCCACUGUCCGUGGCCUCUUCCACCAGCAUGGAGAAGAAUUCAAACCCAGCAGUAUGGAUGUGGUCAGCAUGCACAAGAGCACCAAAGGCUCAGGCCCCCAUCAAAUCCUCAGCCCUGGCUCUCACACCCUCACCCAGCCUCUGACCAAUGGGCCUGAGCCAUAAGGCAGCAGUACUCUGCCCAGCGCCAGAGGUCAAGGCUCUAAAAGGUCACCCGCCAGACACAACCAGGGCCUGGCCAACAAGUUGCCAUCCUAUUGAUCCAUUGGAUAUGGCUACCCGGUGUGUUGUAUUGACAAACUGAGGCCACUGUGCUGUGAUUGAUUAGCAAUGUCUGCCAGGAGCUCCAGAUAGGGGAUAAUGGUGUGAAUGCUGGAGGCUUGCCUUCCCUAUGGCUGUGUGGUGUCCAGUGAACACUCAGAAAGGUAGCCAGGAGCUGCUUCUAGGCUCUUUUAUUUUAUUCCCGGAAGACGUUCCUCCAGAGAAAGCACAGAGGUGAAUGUUCUGAGGACUCCCAGGAGGGUUAAACACAACCAGAAGUCUCCAUCACCAGCAGAUGGAGAAACAAGAAUAGAAGGUCGAGGUUUGAGGUUCAAGACUGUUAUCUACAGGGAGUGGAGACACCCCCUCGAGUGCCCCUGGCCUCUCAACUACACCACCGGCCAGCAGAGCAAUACAAGGUGGCCCACUGUGUGCCAGGACUUAGGUAUCUGGCUAACACUUGAACGGCCACAAUCCCCAAAGAAGCUACUUUUAGUUUUAAACUUUUUUUUUUUUUUUCAUGCAGAGGGGGAGGUGACACAGACACCAACCCUGGUCAACGGUAGGGUCAAAGCUAAGACCCACUCCCACAGCCUCCAGCAUCCCAGCUCCUGCUUCCAUGGCUACCUCCCAGAUCCGGAAGACCCUCCCCAGGAACGCUCCUGAAUCCACUGCCUGCUGCCCCAGACUCUGUGAGGCCCCAGCCCUGUCCAGCCGAUGAAGACGUAGGAAUAAAGACUCAAAGUAACUCAAACUCAGAGCCUCCAACCUAAGACCUCUACGUUCCUAGGCUCGCUCCUCUGCGGGCCAGAGCUCCCCUGGAGAUGGACCCUGAUCACCGUCUCUGAGCUGGACUCCAAGGAGGGUCUCAUGCUUGUCGGUCUCAAGUUCUAGGCUCCUGGUGUUUGGGGGAGGGGUCUGUGGUGAAGGAGCAGGCUCUGAGUCAUAGUGCCCAAAGCAGGUGAGGUGGGAUCUGAGUCCAGAUUGUACACUGGUCUAGUGAGAAGUCUCAUAUGUUCCAGGGACCUGGGACCUGAGUGGCUGGGGACGGGAGGCAGUUGGAGCAGGGGUAAGGGUACAAAGGGUUUCUAACUGACUCCAGACAGAGUACCCCACCCAAGCUCAGGGAAACUGUGUGAGAGCAAGAAAGCCAGUUAGGGCCCCACUUUCCAGCAAGGAGUCUAGGCUUGGGAUAUAGCUGAGUGCUUAAUUGCUAGCUCAACAUGCAUGGGGUGCCCUGGAUUCAACUCCCAGUACAACACAACAAAGCAAAAAAUGGAGUAAAGGUGUUGUGGAGGUCGUGGGGAGAGCAGAGCCCUUGGAUAAUCAGAGGUCAGUCUUGUCCCCACUAAUCCCAAUUAGGUGUCUAGGACAUCGUGAGACCACUGGGGUGAGAUGACACUGGAUUGUAUUUCCUGGCCAAGAUGACCUAAAGUCCAGACAUCAAAGACAUCCAGGAAAGACAGUGGGGUAUGGCCCUGCUUGGGGCUACUUCCUAUCUGUAAACCUGAGAAGCAGGGGGCAAUAUCAUGGCACUUUUUUUUUUCCUUUUUGGUUUUCUGAGACAGGGUUUCUCUGUGUAGCUCUGGCUAUCCUGGAACUCACUCUGUACACCAGGCUGGCCUCGAACUCAGAGAUUUGCCUGCCCCUGCCUCCUGAAUGCUUAGAUUAAAGGCAUGCUUCACCAUCGCCUGGCCGUGACACUCUUUUGUUCUUCUAACUGCCAUGUCCUUGACCCUUACUAGAGUCUUCCUUUGGGCCUCAUACUGAGGCCCCUCCCCAAACACAAGGGUCAUUACAGGGCCAGAGACUCCAGACUCCAUCCCAAGGGAUCUUUUAAGUUCCUAUAGACUGCUCACAUCCUUUCCUCACAACCAAGUCUGUGUCUCUAUAACCUUGACUCCUUCUGUGCUAUGAGAUCCACAGAGUCAGGGACUGUAGACAAUGGAAACUGAGACAGAGCAACGGCCUACUUAAAGAUGAGUCCAAGCCUGUCUCUCUGGGAGUCAGUGAUGGUCCGGGAGCUACACCAGCCUCUUUAGCUUCACAUGAACAUCACUCUAACUUCUUCUAGCACAAGCCCCCAUCUCUCACCCCAACCCCACUGAUCCGGCCACACCAGCCCGUCUGUUACCUUUGCCCCUUUUCCUCCCUACCAAAGCUCCCCCAUCCUGGUUCCCCAUUGUCUAAUUCACACUAAAGAGGGAAUAAGUGGACUUGGUCAUAAAGAGGUUGCAAUUAUACUGGGACAGUCCUCUCUAGAAGAAAGGGGUCUCAGAAGUGGGUGAAGAGUCGUGCCCAGGUCUAAAAUAACACCAUCAACCUGGGUUCCUCAGGGCCUUGGAAGUUUCUCGGGCUAUAAGAGCCUUUUAGUGAAGGAUUUUGAGGACCUAGGCAGGAGCUUGUCACCAUUUAAGCCACCAGGACUGGCUGCCUUCUGCGGCGGGGUCAAGAGCCAGGCUUGGGACCACUCUUCUGCCUCCGAGAAUUCUGACUACCUCUCUUGAAGAGCUUUGGAACCCCAGUUUCCCCACACCCCACUCCCUUUUCCUCUCCUUGAAGUUGGAAAGUGUAAUCUGGGGGCAUCUUGACCUCUGGGGAUCCAGGGGCCAGGGCCAGGAAACUGACAGGUCUCCCUGGUCCUGGGAAAUCAGAC